AGUGACAGUUAAGGAUUAAGAUGUGGUUUUGUUUUUGUGCAAAAGCACAGGUGGAUUGCCACUCUAACAGCUGUGUACGGGCUAAAAAAACAAGAUCAAAACAUCUCUGCCCUCCUUUCAACCCUGCCAGCUGUCUUUCUGGUAAACAUCUUCAAUGUAUUGCCAUUUCCAAGACACUGGAGAGUGUAACAGCUAGCUAGCUCCAGUCCUGCGUUUUGGGAUGGAUCUGUUGGAGCUCCCCACACCGAUGAAUGAUCAUGCUGCUUCUCCCCCUUCGGAGCCCAAAGCCAAGAGCUGCGAUCUGUCCCCCGCUAUGAGAGCCAAGAUCGAACGGAACAGACAGCGGGCUGUGAUGCUGAGGCAAGCCCGCCUGGCCAACAGACCAUCGGCAGGAGAAGGGGGUGGAACCUCGGCUAAAGUCGCCAAGACAGUCGACUCUGGUGGAGGGUUCUUCAUUGAAGAAGAAGAGGAGAAGCAAAGGAAAGUGGUGCUUCAACCAGCCCCUGUGAUAAAGGCAGACUACCUGGUGUGUGAUGACUGUGACAAGUCGUUUAUGGAUUCCUACCUCAGCAACGGCUUCGAUCUGGCAGUCUGUGACAACUGCAGAGACUACGAGGUUAAACACAAGCUGGUAUCCCGUACGGAGGCUAAGCAGCUCUACCUACUGAAGGACUGUGACCUGGACCAGAGGGAGCCAGUGCUGAGGUUUGUCCUGAGGAAGAACCCACACAACCCUCACUGGGGAGACAUCAAACUCUACCUCAGGCUGCAGGUGGAGAAGCGCUCCUUAGAGGUGUGGGGCUCUGAGGAGGCCCUGGAGGAGGCCAAGGAAGCAAGAGAGGAGAACAGGGAGGUGCAGAAGCAGAAGCGUUUCAACAAAAAAGUCAAAGAGCUGCGUUGUGUGGUGAGGAGAAGCAUGUGGACCAAGGGAACCAGUGCUCACCAGCAUGAGUACAACCCUGAGGAACUAGUGGAUGAAAAGGAGGAUCUCUACAGGAAGGUCUGUAACGCCUGUGGACACGAACUGACCUAUGAGAAGAUGUAGCCGUGUGUCCUUUGAACCUUAUCCCCGGGGGCCCACAGGAGAGUUAUUUUUAUGUGGACCACUGUACAUGACACAGGCCUUGAAGUAAGGAGGCCUACCUGAAAUCAUGUCUCAGCACAUGCCAUAUAUACAACGCAGACAUACAUCAAUAUUUCUCUCUUACAAUAUGUUGUGCUCAAAGCUGGUGAUUGCUGUUAUACUGUAAAAUAUGAACUGUUAAGCAUAUUAACUUCCCUUUUCUAUAGACCAUUUGUAAAAUCAUGUAAUGCCAAAGGAUUUUCAUGUCUGAAAUUACUUUUGAAAUUGUAAUGAAAAAUGCAUAUUUUUCCAUAAUGUGAUCACUUUUUUGCAAUAACUUGGAAAUUUAGUUGGAUUACUGUGGAUGGAUAAAGACAGGAUUCAUUCUGGACCGCAGAAGAUCCGCGUUGUAGCGGUAAAAUUAACUUGCCUCAUUAUUCUGAGGUUGGUGGUUCAAACCCCAUUUAAUAUUUUUCACAAUUCUAAAUAUUUAAAGAGAACAUUUAAAUGUAAGAUACAUUUGAGGGUCAGAUAAGAUCUGUGUUCUGUAAAUCUGGGCCCAUUUUUUCAAAAGUUAUCCGAUCGGAUUUCAGCAAUCGGAUCGGAUUAAAUGCAUAGAAAUAGAAUGACCCGAUUGCUGAAAUCCGAUCACACAACUUUUGAAAAACUGGGCCCAGAUGAGUCAAAGCUCAACUGCUUAGCCUUCCCUGAGUAUUAAGAAACAAUGUGAUGUUGGGAAAAUGUGCAGGUGGCUCAGUGCUUAACUCAACUGUCUUAGUACCUGGAGGUUGUGGGUUCUAAUAUAAUGUACAGUUAGUGCUUUUGACUGUACUUUACGACGUCAAAUACACCAACCUGGUCUCAGAGCAUUUCGUAUUAUUCUGUACGUAAACCUGAGACACUCCCAUUUACCAUAUGUUGUAUGGUAUGCAUUCAUUUGUUGAUGUCCAUCUAUUUCGUAUAUGUUAAACCCCGUGGUUCCAGAACAGUAACCAGCAGUGGUUAUGGAGGGAAACCCUUGGGGAAAAAGUAGUCCCUAAGAUCUUAAAAGCACUUUAAAAGAAUACUUUUUAGAGAGGUUUCCCUCUAUAAAACGCUGCUUUUUACAGGAGGGGGAACCUCAGGACUUAACCCCCAUUAGUGAUCAUGGUCCACCAGCCAUCAGCGAGUGUCAAUGCAACCACACUCACAGGCUCUGCCUGGGGUAGAACCUACAACCCUCUGCUUAUACUCAGAAAGCCUCCUGAGUGGUCUAAGGCACUGCAGUGCUAGCUGUGCCACUAGAGAUCCUGGUUUGGGUCCAGGCUCUGUCGCAGCUGACCGCGAACGGGAGACUCAUGGGGCGGCGCACAAUUGGCCCAGCGUCAUCCGGGUUAUGGGAGUGUUUGGCCGGCAGGGAUGUUCCUGUCCCAUUGUGCACUAGAGACUCCUGUGGCAGGCCAGACGCAAUGCACGCUGACAUGUCGCCAGGUGUACUGUGUUUCCUCUGACACAUUGGUGCAGCUUGGCUGGGUUGUGUUUCGGAGGAUGCACGGCUCUCCCGAGUCCAUAAAGGAGUUGCAGCGAAGGGACAAGACUAACUACCAACUGGAUAUCACAAAAUUGGGGAGAAGUAUCCUAAGAAGCCAAUAAGUGGCAACAUGGGAGCUGGAAAUAGCAGUCUGUUAGUGACCUCUACUGGUCAGGGCUAUAGUCCAAGAACAUCUGGGGUGUAUUCAUUACAAAACGUUUUUUUUUGCAACAGAAACCAUUUACUCAAACGUUUAGCAAAUUCAGUUCGUUCCCUUUCCGUUUUUGUUACAUUUGGUUCUUAAACAGUUUCGCAAGACUUGAAUACAACCGGUACAAGCGGUUGUUUUGCAGGUGUCGGAACUGUGUUAGACAUCAAAUCCACAAGCAGCUCACGGAAUUAUACAUCACAGACAUUGCUAUUGGCUGCAUGGCAGUUUCGCAGGGUUCCUGACUCCUAUUUUUACAGCUCAUUUCCCACCUUGUGCGUGUGUAUGUGGGGACGCAUGUGUGAACACGAAUGUGUGAUGUCAUCUACAUCUCAGGCUGAUAAAUUGAGCAAAAUAAUG